AUGUCUUCUUCAAGCACCACCUCCUCCCAGCACCAGAAUGUUGUCCCUUCUGAAGUCGGAUGGCAGUUCGUACCUCAGUAUUAUACCUUUGUCAACAAAGAGCCCCAGCGUCUUCAUUGCUUCUACAACAAAAACUCCACCUUCAUCCACGGCACCGAGGGUGAGGAUAUGAAGCCAUGCUUUGGACAGCAGGAAAUUCACAACAAAAUCACCUCCAUCGGCUUUGAGGAUUGCAAAGUCUUCAUUCACUCGGUUGACGCCCAGUCUUCUGCCAAUGGCGGCAUCAUAAUACAGGUUAUUGGUGAAAUGUCCAACCACGGAGACCCAUGGCGCAAGUUUGUUCAGACCUUUUUCCUCGCCGAGCAGCCCAACGGCUAUUUCGUCCUUAACGACAUCUUCCGAUUCCUAAAGGAAGAGACUGUCGAGGGUGAUGAAUUCGAGGACGAGUACGAGCCUGCUUCUGAGCCCGCCACACCUGCCCAGCCAGCUCACGUCCCCGAGCCCGUCCAUGAGCCCAUUCGUGAGCCAACGCCACCCCCAGCUGUGGUUGAACCUGCCCCAGUCGAACCUACUCCCGUCGAGGAGCCUGCCCCUGUCGAAGCUGUUGCCGAGCCUCCCACCACUCAAACCCCCACCCCUGCACCUGAGCAGCAACAACCACCUGCUGCUGCUGCUGCUGCCCCCCAGCCAAAUGGCAUCCACACACCGGAGGCCGAAAAACCUGCACCUGUCGUCACCGAACCUUCCCCCGCCCCGACACCCGCUCCUCAACAGCAGCCUGCUCCUGCACCCACACCUGCCGCACCUGCACCUGCACCUACCCCCGCUGCUGCACCUGCUGCACCUGUUCAACCCGCACGACCUGCUCCUCCCGUUGCCGCUGCCCCUCCCCCUCAACCUGCCGCUCCUGCUGUUCCAAGAUCUUGGGCUUCUCUCGCUGCCUCUAACCCCAAGAAGUGGGGUGCCGCCGUCGCCCAGGAAUCGCGUGGUACUACUGAGACACUUUCUACUCAGCCAUCUAGCGCCCCUGCUCCUAAGGCACCCGCACCUGCUGCUUCACCUGCCCAGCGCCCGCAGAGCCAACAGCAAGGUCAACAAGCCAAUGGUCGCCACGAGCACCCUGCCUAUCUUGCUGUGCAAAGCGUCAAUACCGCUCAAUGCUUCGUCAAGGGCGUUACUGAACCCGUUUCUCAAGCUGCCCUGCAAACUACCUUGUCAUCGCGCUUCGGACCGAUCAAGGAGCUCGAAAUUGUUCGUGCUAAAGCUUGCGCCUUCAUUGAAUUCCAGAGUGUCGAAUCUGCGAAGCGUGCUAUCAUUGCCUCGUUGACCCAGCACCAAGGAGGUGAAGGCGGUAUCUGGAUCGAUGUUGGCGGUGACGCUGGACAGCUUAGGAUCUCCGUUGAGACCAAGAAGGAACGCGGCGACAGGCCUCCAACCAGGCCCCGUGGUGGUGCUCCAGCUGUAAACGGUGAUGGUCGCGGUUCUCCUGCAGGUCGCGGACGUGGUGGAGGAAGGGGUGGACGGGGUGGUGCCAGCACCCCCAAGUAA